CCGACGACCAACACAUACACUGACGUUGUGACUUUGGAUCGAUCACAUCGGAGUCCCUUUUCUUCGGGCUUCUCUGGGCAGCAAACCUCUUCUUUUCCGAUCUUGACUCCACCCACGGCCGCGUCUCUUUCCACUUACCUCAGCCCUGAUAGCUUCACUCUCCGCCUCUGACAUACUCCACGCUAUAUUCUACUUAUCCCUAGGAAGUGUUUCCCCCAGGGGUCAGGAAACAAAUUUACCUGUCUGCGUUCGCCCAAGUCACAAAAUUGGAACCGAAGGACAUGGAUACGACAAGUAUUUCCUCAACAAGGUGUCAAGGUCUAAAUCACUCAAUUCGCCAACACAACAACCCGGCCUUCAGGAACGAAAUAAUAGCUAUGAAAUAUACUUUGUUCCCCCCAAAUCUAUUUGGUCUCGCGUUUUAUCGUGCUCAAUUCUCCGAUCUCUUAAGGAACGCUGGUACUCUCCCAGUGCUCUCUGUUGAGUUGUCAGAAUGCUCAUAUCUAACAGCGACGAGUCCCGGCGACUCGGAGCCUGUCUGGUUCACCAGCAACAGUAGAAUAUCAUUGUUUCUCAUGUUGUCCUCCUUUGGGGGCUUUUUGCUCGUGUCUGUUUUUUAUUCAGGGCAAAACGUACCAUGCCAUGCCUUCAUUCAAGUCCGUGUGUUCUCUCACUUCCUUCCGGCUCCAAACCAACGGAGAGCUACGGUCAUGAUAUCAGCGGGAAUGAAGCAUAAAUGAUGAGCAUCGAUUCUCGAUCCACCGCAAUGCAUUAUUUACUAGGACCUCAUUGAGGAUGAAGAGUGCGGCGCUUUCAGAGGAGGGAAUGCAUCGGAUGCAGCAUUGAUGGCUGUGAGAAUCGGGACGGCGAUGUCGCCUCCUGCUGCAAUAAAGCGAUCAACAUCCUGUCUGAGAGUGUUGAUCUUUUCCUUGAGCGACAUCGUUGACGGGGGGACAGAUCCAGUGGAGAGCGGCAAUAAUGCAG